GAUAGCGGUGAGCAUCAGCUUGCCCGCAUCUGGAUAAUCCUUGUGCCGCAUGAUGACCCCUUCCACGGACGAGCCUACGUCCGUUUCCUGCCUCAACGGGAACACCUCAUUGAAUUUCACAUCAAAACGGGGCCCAUAACAUUUGCUAGCGGCAUUGAAAAGUACAGUUUGCUCAAGAACCUCAGAGGUUCUCUCAUCACUCCAGCCCUCAUUCAUGGACAAGCUAUACAGUCUCUCCCAAUCAUCUUGACUUGCAGCAUUUCUCCAGCACUCCUCCAAAACCGUUGUGUUGCGUCUGAGAAAGGACGCACUCGUCCACAAGAAUAUAUCGAAGGCUCGCAAAGAAAGCUCCCGCUUCUCGAUUCUAAGACACAUUUUGAUAAGAUCCACCGGAUCAAGAAGCUGCUGCUCCAUCAAUUGCUUUUCCUCAUCAUCAUCAGCGUACGAGAACAUCAGCUUCUAUACGCUUCACCUUUAGCUCAUAGCCAACUUCUCUUCCUGACAGAUUCACAGAUUGGUAUCACCAUUUCAGGUGCAAACAACAUGGUAAAAAAUAAUAAAGGACACCAAAAAACUAAGUAUUACAUCCUUCUACCAGAGACAAAGAAUGACGCUGCAUCUACCACAAAUUUUGGACUUCUUAAUUUCCUCUAG